AUGGCAAGCCAAGCCCAAGGACCGUUGCCAAGAACGUUAAACGGGGACGUCUAUCUUAUGGUAGUCGUCGACCCAUUCACUAAAUGGUUACAUGCGUUACCUAUCGGAGACAAAAGAUCCGAGACAGUAGCUCAUGCUUUCGUCACGAGCUUCAUAGCACGAUACGGUAUCCCUGUUAAAGUAGUUAGUGACAAUGGCUGCGAGUUUACGGGCCAAGCUUUUCAAGCACUGAUCAAACAGGACGGUAUGACACAUUUAACAACAACGCCAUACCACCCAGCUGGAAACGGCCAAGUAGAACGACAGAAUCGCACGCUAGCAGAUAUGCUUGCACACUACGUGUCAACAGGUGGAACAGACUGGAAUGAAUUCGUUCCGCUAGUCUGUUAUGCUUUUAACACAUCGACGCAUCCUAAUACAGGAUACACACCAUUCGAAUUGUUAUACGGCAGACCGCCAAGAUCUCCUAUAGAAACUGAGGUAGCGGCCAAAUUGCCAUCGAUAUACGUAGAUUACCCUACUUAUUCGCAAAGAUUAGCAAAAUAUACAACAGAAGCUUGGGAAAUUACUGCAAAUAUGCUAGAAAAAGUACAAAAUAAAAUGAAAGUAAACGCUGAUCUUCGUCUUGGUGCUAAACCAACACCAUUUGAAAUAGGUUCACUUGUCUUGAAAAAAGCUGAAUUCUACUCUCAAUCAGAUAGACACAAAUUUAAUAAAAAGUUUAUAGGUCCUUAUAUCGUAGUAGGUUUACAACCUCCACAUGUAUUAAUUAGAGAUACUAAAGGUAGUAAUAACCAAAUUCAACAUAUUCACGCCGAAAAACUGAAAAAAUACUUUGAUAACAACAUUUUAGAAAAACAAAAAGCUCGGAGGUCCGAUCUUUCCAUUCGUCGGGAGGCGAGGGAAUUAUUUUCAGGCGAACAAGAAAAUGAGACAGAAUCAGUACCAGAAGUACCAGAAACGGUAAACCAACCUAAUCUACCAGGAAAUCAACCUAACUUACAACAAGAACCUAAAAGAACCAACAAGUACCAACAAGACCCAAACUUGGAAAUAGAAGAUCCAGAACCAACUCAAGAAAAACGAACGAUCAUACCAAGACAACGUGGUAGACCGAAGAAAAUUAUGAAAAAGUUUUGGAAAGAAAGCCAAAAAUUAUGGAAACGGUAA